GCCACUUAUGAUAGUUGAGGACUGGGAGGUAGACAAUAAAUCUGAUUUAAUGGAAGAUUCUAUAGUAUGUGAAAAACCCCUCUUUCUAGUAGAAAACGAUGAGAAAAAUGCCAUUCCUUCACUCACAGUAAAGGAUGUUAUAGAAAUUGCAACUCGGCAAGAUAAAUAUUGUAAAGUAUGUCAUGUUCCACUUCUAUUCCAAGGCUAUCCCAAACGUUAUCCACAGUCAUUUUCAGUUGAUCGACUUGAUGAUGCUGAAGGACAUUAUCACCAAAAUGUAAGAAUUACUUGUUUUCGUUAUAAUGAAUGA